AUGAGUUUUUUUGUUAACCUGUGCUUUUCCUUUUUAGUGUCUAUUUUUCCUGAAUCUGGUAAUUUCAAUGUGGAUGGAGUCCGAGUGUGUAAGAUUGUGGGCUCUGGACUGACUGCUUCCUCAGUGUUGCAUGGAAUGGUAUUUAAAAGAGAAACUGAAGGAGAUGUCACGUCCGUCAAAGAUGCAAAAAUCGCUGUGUUUUCCUGUCCAUUUGACUGCAUGGUAACAGAGACCAAGGGGACAGUAUUGAUAAAUAAUGCAGAGGAACUGAUGAGCUUCAGCAGGGGAGAGGAAGAUAUGAUGGAAUCUCAAGUAAAAGCCAUUGCAGAUGCUGGUGCCACUGUGGUGGUAACAGGGGGCAAAGUGGCUGAUAUGGCUCUUCACUAUGCCAAUAAGUACCAACUUAUGGUAGUCAGAAUGAACUCCAAAUGGGAUUUAAGAAGGUUAUGCAAAACAGUGGGUGCCGUGGCGCUUCCCAGACUGACACCACCUACUCCAGAAGAGAUGGGACAUUGUGAUAGUGUUUACCUGACAGAAGUUGGUGACACGCAAGUGGUGGUCUUCAAGCAUGGUAAGUUCCAAAUGGUUACUGGAAUAGACUGGCUAACAACCGUUUGAGGUAAACUUCUGUGU